AUGGCUUUUCUUCAGACGUCUUGCCAUGUUUUGUCUCUACUCACAACUCCUGUGAAUUUGUUUGGAACCUAUUGCAUCAUCACCAAAUCCAAUAGCAAUAUGUCAACAAUUCGAAACACGCUUCUUCAAAACCAUUUGUGGGCGUCGCUCAGCGAUCUAGUCUAUGGAUUUCUAGUAAUACCGUAUGCGACAUUCCCAAUUUCCGGAGCCAUUGUGACAUCGACGCUAACGUGGCUCGGUGUGCCGGAACCAGCCCAAAUCUAUUUAAUCACGUUGGUGAUUUCUGGCUAUGGCGCAUCGGUGGUAAUGGUUUUUGAAAAUCGACAAAAUCACGUGGUGCCCGUUUCGAAAUUCAAAAUUGAGAGCAAAAUCACGCGACGAUUAUUUUAUUUCCUAAAUUAUGUUUAUGUGUUUGGUAUGCCAAUGUGCAUGUUUAUUUCAACUCCCGAUCAAGAAGAAGCCAAAGUCAAAAUGUUUGAGAGAGUUCCAUGCCCAUCUAUAGAGUUUUUCUCAGACCAUUUAUAUAUACUAUCGAACUCGAUAAUUGUGGGGUUUGUUCAAUUAGGAUCUACAACGAUUAUCAUUGUGCUAACGUUAUUCUACGUCCUCCACUGCUUCAUUUACUUGUUCAGCGUUAAAACAAUAUCAAGACGAACGAGGCAGCUUCAAAUUAAAUUCUUUCUAUGCGUUGCGAUUCAGGUUUCCGUACCAUUUGUUGUCUGCGCUUGUCCGUUCCUCUAUUUUAUUUUUGCCACAUUUUUCAACUAUUACAAUCAAGUGGUUCUUAACUUCAGCAUAAUUGCAUUAUCUCUGCAAGGCUAUUCAUCAACAUGCUUCAUGCUAUUGAUAUACGAGCCAUAUCGAAACUUCGUAUUUUCCUUUUUGCCUCUCCAUAGAAUACCAUUGUUCAAAGCAGCAACAGUGUCUGUUGUCUCAGAGCCUACAUUAUCGCGGACAAAAUAA